AUGAUUUCUGAUGCUUUUGAUAACAACUUCUACAAAAUGUGCAAUGCAAAACAGUCUGAACUUCUUAACGAAAACCUAUAUUAUGAGUUUCUUAAAUCCAAUAUUGUGUCUAAUAACUUGACAAACACUAUAUAUGAGCCUGAAACCGAAUUUGUAUUUAACCAACCAAUGAAUAAUGAAGUAUGUGUUAAUAAGAAUGCAAGUCAUGCAAAAGUAAAAGCUGUGCUUGAAAAUCGUUGCAUCUUUGAGCAGUUUGAAAAAAACACAACAGAAAUGGUUGUGACUAAACAAGGAAGACGGAUGUUUCCAUCACCUGAAAUUACUCUGUCAGGAUUAGAUCCGAAUACAUUAUAUUAUGUGGCUAUGGAUUUUACUGCAGCCGACAAUGCAAAAUAUAAAUGGUCUAAAGAAAAUUGGGUAUUGCAAGGGGAAAGAGAUACUCAUUGGUCAUCAAAUAGAUUUGUUCACCCAGAAAGUCCUCUUUUAGGUUCGCAAUGGAUGAAAAAAAUAAUUAACUUUAAGACAAUUAAGCUUACAAAUAGUACAUCAAACUCAUUUGGAAAUAUUGUUUUGAGCUCAAUGCACAAGUAUCAGCCUCGUGUUCACGUUAUACCAGAUUACGAGGUGUAUUUGAAUAAUUCUCAUUCCAUCAGCACCUUCGUUUUUACAGAAUGUCAAUUUAUUGCUGUUACAGCAUAUCAAAAUCCGAAGAUUACAGAUUUAAAAAUUAAAUACAACCCUUUUGCAAAAGGAUUUCGCGAUCAAAGAAAACGAAAAUUCCCAAUACAACAAGUGUCUUCCAUUGAACACUUAUCUAUAUUUAUGUUACCGUACGAAUCUAUUACAAAACAAGCUUCAGUUGACAAAGAAGAGGAAGCUAUUUUUACACAUUUAAUCUUACCUUCAUCGGAGAGACUUGAUUUGUCUGCUGAAAAGUUAAUUGACGAACUCACCAUUCCAGGAUCAACUGCAAGAAAAAAUCUUGAACUUCUUUGCCAGCCUUACUCUAAUUACUGUGGUUUCAAUCACACAGUUGCAAGACCAGAUUUCACAUGCGAUUCCAAUUAUAAUAACUUUAUGUAA